GCCCAUGGCCUUCGUGACGCUCACGGGCCUGGACGUGGUGUACAACGCGGUGCACCGCGCCGUGUGGGACGCCUUCUGCGCCAACCGCCGCGCCGACCGCGUGCCCAUCUCCUUCAAGGUGCUGCCCGGCGACCACGAGUACCCCAAGUGCCGCACCAAGAGGACGUCCUAUGAGUGGUAUAUUCCGAAAGGGAUCCUGAAGACUGGCUGGAUGAACAAGCACCUGAACCUGGUUCCAGCCCUCGUGGUGGUGUUCUACGAACUAGACUGGGAGGAGCCACAGUGGAAAGAAAAGCAGUCCGAAUGCGCCACUCGAGUCGAAAUCGUCAGGCAAAGUCUGCAGGGACGAAAUACAAAAGUUGCCGUGGUUUUGAUUCAGAAAAAAACACCUUUGCCUCCAGGAGAAGAUGUUAUUGCGUCGGAGAGGGCAGCAGCUCUGUGUAAUGCCUGUGACCUUUCUGGAAAAUCCCUCUUUGUACUCCCACACACUGAUCACCUUGUUGGGUAUAUUAUAAGGUUGGAGAAUGCUUUCUAUGAGCAUGCGCAGAACUACUAUUAUACAGAAAUACGAAGAGUUAAAUGUCAUAAGGAGUUCUUGAACAAAACCACUCAUCAGCUUUUAUUUGUUAGACAUCAAUUCAAAAUAGCAUUCUUCAGUGAACUGAAACAGGAUACGCAGAAUGCUCUAAAAAAUUACAGAACUGCGUAUAAUCUUGUGCAUGAAUUGAGGGCUCAUGAAACGAACAUGCUGGAAAUCAAGACUAUGGCAGGAUUUAUAAACUACAAGAUCUGUCGCCUCUGUUUUCAGCAUAAUACUCCACUGGAUGCAAUUGCUCAGUUCAGAAAACAUAUUGAUUUGUGCAAGAAGAAAAUAGGAAGUGCAGAACUGGCUUUUGAGCAUGCUGCCUGGAUGUCGAAACAGUUUCAGGCUUUUGGUGACCUGUUUGAUGAAGCAAUUAAGCUGGGGUUGACAGCGAUCCAAACUCAGAACCCAGGUUUUUAUUACCAGCAGGCAGCCUACUAUGCCCAGGAACGGAAACAGCUAGCAAAUACGCUUUGCAACCAUGAUUCCUCCGUGAUGUACCCCAAUCCGGAUCCCUUGGAAACACAGACGGGAAUGCUUGACUUCUAUGGACAAAGACCUUGGCGGCAGGGCAUAUUAAGCUUUGAUCUUUCUGAUCCUGAAAAAGAGAAGCUGGGGAUUUUAGCCCUGCAGAUGAAAGAGAAAAAUGUUCUUCACUCGGAGUUAAUAAUCACUUUGUUGAGUAAUGCUGUUGCACAAUUCAAGAAAUACAAAUGUCCACGGAUGAAGAGUCACUUGAUGGUUCAGAUGGGUGAAGAAUAUUACUACGCCAAGGAUUACACCAAAGCUUUGAAGCUGUUGGAUUAUGUUAUGUGUGAAUAUCGCAGCGAAGGAUGGUGGACUCUUCUUACUUCCAUAUUGACCACAGCUCUCAAAUGUUCAUAUCUAAUGGCCCAGCUAAAAGAUUAUGUAACAUAUUCUUUAGAGCUACUGGGCAGAGCCUCCACCCUUAAAGAGGACCAGAAAUCUCGAAUAGAAAAAAAUCUCAUAAAAGUUCUAAUGAAUGAGAGCCCUGAUCCUGAACCUGAUUGUGAUGCUACAGCUGUGAAAGCAUCACAGAAGUUAUGGGCUGACCGUGUUUCCUUGGCAGGCAGUAAUGUUUUUACAAUAGAAGUCCAAGAUUUUAUACCAUUUGUGCAAUGUAAAGCAAAAUUCUUUGCUCCAAGUUUUCACGUUGAUGUACCUGUGCAGUUUGAUGUAUACUUGAAAGCUGAUUGUCCUCAUCCUAUCAGGUUUUCUAAGCUCUGUGUCAGCUUCAAUAACCAGGAUUAUAAUCAGUACUGUGUGGUAGAAGAAGCCUAUCAAAAAAGUGAUGUUCUAGAACAGUCAUCACAAGGAACAAUGUGCUUGGUCCCUGGCAAAACAAGGAAGUUCACUUUCAAAUUUGUUGCAAAAACUGAAGAUGUAGGAAAAAAGAUUGAGAUCACCUCUGUGGAUUUGAUCCUGGGAAGUGACUCUGGUAGAUGUGUGAUUCUGAAUUGGCGGGGAGGAGGUGGAGAUGCUGCUUCAUCUCAGGAAGCGUUGCAGGCAGCCCGUUCCUUCAGGCGAAGACCUAAGCUUCCAGAUAAUGAAGUUCACUGGGACAGCUUGACUAUUCAGGCAAGCACUAUGAUCAUUUCUAGAGUGCCAAACAUUUGUGUUCAUCUCCGUCAUGAACCUCCAGCCCUGACUAAUGAAAUGUAUUGUCUGAUUGUGACAGUCCAGUCACAGGAGGAGACGGUUGCCAAAGACGUUAAGCUCACUGCAGGUUUAAAGCCAGGACAAGAUGCUAACCUGACUCAAAAAACUCAUGUGACUCUGCAUGGAGCAGAAGCAUGUGAUGACUCCUUUCCUGCACUGCUUACUGACAUACCUAUUGGAGACCUGCAACCAGGGGAAAAAGUGGAAAAAGCAAUAUACAUUCGUUGUGGAACAGUUGGCGCAAGGAUGUUUCUGUUUUAUGUUUCCUACUUAAUCACUACUACUGUUGAAGAGAAAGAAAUUCUCUGCAAGUGCCACCGGGAUGAAACUGUAACUAUAGAAACAGUAUUUCCAUUUGACGUUGCUAUCAAAUUUGUCUCCACAAAGUUGGAACACUUGGACAGGGUCUUUGCAGAUAUUCCCUUCUUACUGAUGACAGACAUUCUGAGUGCCUCUCCUUGGCCUCUCACCAUAGUGACCAGCCAGCUACAGCUUUUACCUGCUGUGACUCCAGUAGAUCAGCUGGAGUCCUUUGUGGAAAAUGUUGUUUUACAGACAGGUGAGAGUGCCAGUGAAUGCUUUUGCCUUAGGUGUCCUCCAAUUACUAAUGCUGGUGGGGUAGCAACUGGAUGUUAUACCGUUUCCUGGAGGAGAAGUUCACCUGUGCAAAGUGUACCUGUUGUUAGCACAGUGAUAACUCUACCACAUGUGAUUGUAGAGAGCAUUCCCCUCCACGUUAAUGCAGAUCUUCCAUCAUUUGGUCGAGUCCGAGAAUCUCUCCCUGUCAGAUAUCACCUGCAAAAUAAGACCAAUUUAGUCCAGGAUGUGGAGGUGUCAGUGGAACCCAGUGAUGCCUUCAUGUUCUCUGGCCUUAAGCAGAUCCGACUGCGAAUCCUUCCUGGCACGCAGCAGGAAAUGUUGUACAACUUCUAUCCUCUCAUGGCUGGAUAUCAGCAGUUGCCAUCUCUUCAUGUUAACCUGAUGCGAUUCCCAAACUUCACUGAUCAGUUGCUCAGACGAUUCAUCCCUACACACAUUUUUGUAAAGCCUCAGGGUCGACAAGCAGAUGAUAACUCAAUUGCAGCUGCCUAACUUGGAGACUUGUACCUCUGCACUUAAGGAAAAUGGGAUGUUGCACAGAAUGUAUAAAACUUGCUUUGGAAACAUGGCUUUGAUAAAACCAUAAGGAUUAAAUUUUAUUUUUAAAUU